GCUGACCGCGGGCGGGCGGGGGCCGGGGAGGAGGCCGCGCGCCGCUGAGGAGGCCGCAGAGACGCGGAGGGGAGCUGCCGCCGCCGCCGCCGCCGCCGCCGCGAUGCCCUCGGAGAAGAGCUUCAAGCAGCGACGCACCUUCGAACAAAGGGUAGAAGAUGUCAGGCUUAUUCGAGAACAGCACCCAACAAAGAUACCGGUAAUUAUUGAACGAUAUAAAGGAGAGAAGCAGCUCCCUGUUCUGGAUAAAACUAAGUUUCUGGUCCCAGAUCAUGUCAACAUGAGCGAGCUUAUCAAGAUAAUCAGACGGCGGCUGCAGCUGAAUUCCAACCAAGCUUUCUUCUUGCUGGUGAACGGGCACAGCAUGGUGAGCGUCUCCACGCCCAUUUCGGAGGUGUACGAGAGCGAAAAGGACGAGGACGGAUUCUUAUACAUGGUGUAUGCUUCUCAGGAAACGUUUGGCAUGAAAUCCUCCGUGUAAACGCCGUGCCCGUCGGCUUGUAGCCUAGCCUAGUUUUUACACCCUGCCCCACCCCCCCAGGAAAAAGAAAGGGAUGUCACGUCACCGGCCUGCUCAAGUAGUUGUGCUUUGCGGGUGUUCUCAAUGUACUUUCAUUGUUUGUAAAUAUUUAACAGAUGAGUGCCAGUAUGGAUAAGCCGCCCAGCUUCGUAGACUUGCUAUAAAUUUGCACAGGUGUACUUGCUUUUUAAAAGCCUCUGGAAUUUGAGCAACAUAACACGCAUGUUAAGUUGACAAUAAAAAGAAUGUAUGCGUUACUCAAAUCAUAGGAACUGGGCUGAAUAUUAAGUAGCGACCUGAGAUACAUCUGUGUGAUAUAUCCUGUUAAUUUAUAUUUCAGCUCCUAAAAAUUGCUUUUCCUGAAAGGGAACACUGAGGAGUAAAACUCUUUGAAUUUCUUGGUGUUUGGAGAAUCAGUGCAUGUGGUGGAGAGAAGGGUCAAUUCCCUGGAGUUGCUACUUUACGCGGUAUCAACAAAACACCAGUUGCUAAUUAUAACUAUAUACCGAGCAUAGCUUUAGUUUAGGAAGUGUGUAUUUUAAAACUAGCUUAUGUACUUAACAGUUAAGAACUCUAAUAUAUUUGUAUUCUGUCAUGCAUUUUUUUUUAAUCAAAUCCGCCCAUCUCACCCUAAAAAAAAAAAGAGGGCUUCCUUUUAUCCUUCAAAUGGUAUUGACUACUUGUUUUGAAGGAAGGGAUUUUGCAAAUGAGAGAUGCGAGCCUUCAGGAUCAGGUACAGGCAAAGGCAAGCUUCUUAACCAUUGCAAUUGUGUGUUUUUGUGCACAUCUCGGCAUAUUCGUCUUUCUACCUGCCAAGUUCUUGAGCUGGAAAGGGUGGAGCAAAGACUGAAUCUGCAUUGCGUCCUUACUGAAAACCUUGGUUUCCUUCCAUUUUAAUUUCACACAACAUAAUUUCUCUUUAUUAAAGACUAGGCUGUAUGUAAAAUUACAAAGAAUGUGUGUGGAUUCUCUCACUAAAACUUUGUAUCUGCUGCAUGUUGACUGAAUUUUCGUUUUACUGUUAACAGAGUUAUGUCCUAUGCAAAAGGAGUAUUUCAGAUAGCUGUUUUGAUUCUUCAGAAAUGUAGUAAAUUUACUCUUAUAUGUUAA